CCCGCCUCUGACUGACUCGAGACUCCGCCGCCCUCCAGUUCGCCGGGCCCCCGCCGUCAGCCCGCCGGAUCCCGCCGCUGCCGGAGCCGCAGCGUUUCCCGUCGCAUCUCCGAGCCGCCCCCCUCCCUCUCCCUCCUUCCCAUCCCCCCUUCUUUUCAAGCGUGAGACUCGUGAUCCUUCCGCCGCUUCCCUUCUUCAUUGACUCGGAAAAAAAAUCCCCGAGGAAAUUAUAAUAUUCAAAGUACUUAUUUUCAAUCAAGUAUUUGCCCCCGUUUCACGUGAUAUAUAUUUUUUAAGAUUCUCCCCUCCCUUUUUCCCCUCCAAGGAAAGGGAGGGGAAAGAACUGUAUUUUUUUCCCAGUCCCAAAUCAUCUAUAUGUUAAAUAUCCAUACUGAUUUGUCUUGAAGGAGAAACAUCGCUUGUUUUUUUAUAGCUGUACAAAAGGAGUGAAAAGCCAAGAGGAAGAAGUCUAUUUUUUUUUCCUUCUUGUGGAAGAACUUAAUGCUGCAUUUAUCAUUAACCUAACACCCCAACAUAAAACAAAAGGAAGAAAAGGAGGAAGGAAGGAAAAGAGGGUGAUUCGGGAAGAGUGAUCAUGUCAGGGCGGCCCAGAACCACCUCCUUUGCGGAGAGCUGCAAGCCAGUGCAGCAGCCUUCAGCUUUUGGCAGUAUGAAAGUUAGCAGAGACAAAGAUGGCAGCAAGGUAACUACAGUGGUGGCAACUCCUGGGCAGGGUCCCGAUAGGCCACAAGAAGUCAGCUAUACAGACACUAAAGUGAUUGGAAAUGGGUCAUUUGGUGUGGUAUAUCAAGCCAAACUUUGUGAUUCAGGAGAACUGGUUGCCAUCAAGAAAGUAUUGCAAGACAAGAGAUUUAAGAACCGAGAGCUCCAAAUCAUGAGAAAGCUAGAUCACUGUAACAUAGUCCGAUUGCGUUAUUUCUUCUACUCAAGUGGUGAGAAGAAAGAUGAAGUCUAUCUUAAUCUGGUGCUGGACUAUGUUCCGGAAACAGUAUACAGAGUUGCCAGACACUAUAGUCGAGCCAAACAGACGCUCCCUGUGAUCUAUGUCAAGUUGUAUAUGUAUCAACUGUUCCGAAGUUUAGCCUAUAUCCAUUCCUUUGGAAUAUGCCAUCGGGAUAUUAAACCACAGAACCUCUUGUUGGAUCCUGAUACAGCUGUCUUAAAACUCUGUGACUUUGGAAGUGCAAAGCAGCUGGUCCGAGGAGAACCCAAUGUUUCGUAUAUCUGUUCUCGGUACUAUAGGGCACCAGAGUUGAUCUUUGGAGCCACUGAUUAUACCUCUAGUAUAGACGUAUGGUCUGCAGGUUGUGUGUUGGCUGAGCUGUUGCUAGGACAACCAAUAUUUCCAGGGGACAGUGGUGUGGAUCAGUUGGUGGAAAUAAUCAAGGUCCUGGGGACACCAACAAGGGAGCAAAUUAGAGAAAUGAACCCAAACUACACAGAAUUCAAAUUCCCUCAAAUUAAGGCACAUCCUUGGACUAAGGAUUCGUCAGGAACAGGACAUUUCACCUCAGGAGUGCGGGUCUUCCGACCCCGGACUCCACCGGAGGCAAUUGCACUGUGUAGCCGUCUGCUGGAGUAUACACCAACUGCCCGAUUGACACCACUGGAAGCUUGUGCACAUUCAUUUUUUGAUGAACUAAGGGACCCAAAUGUCAAACUACCAAAUGGGCGAGACACACCUGCACUCUUCAACUUCACCACUCAAGAACUGUCAAGUAAUCCACCUCUAGCUACCAUUCUUAUUCCUCCUCAUGCUCGGAUUCAAGCAGCUGCUUCAACCCCUACAAAUGCCACAGCAGCCUCAGGUUGAAAACCCUUCUAACAGAAAAGGGAAUCAUGAUAGGAGUUGGACAAGAUGCUAAUGCUGGAGACCGUGGACAGACCAACAGCGCUGCUUCUGCAUCAGCUUCCAACUCCACCUGAACAGCCCCCAGCGGCCAACUGCACAGGAAAAACCACCAGUUACUUGAGUGUCACUCAGCAACACUGGUCACGUUUGGAAAGAAAAUUAAAAAGAGAAAAAAAACCUGCUCAUUUUAGUGUUCAAUUUUUUUAUUAUUAUUGUUGUUCUUAUUUAACCUUGUAAAAUAUCUAUAAAUACAAACCAAUUUCAUUGUAUUCUCACUUUGAGGGAGAUCCAGGGGGUGGGAGGGGUUGUGGGGAGGGAAGCGGAGCACUAGAACACACAAUCUCUCUCCCACGACAAUCUUUUUUAUCAAAAGUCUGCUGUUGUAUACUUUAAAAACAGGACUCCUGCCUCAUGCCCCUUCCACAAAGAAGAAGACUUUGUUCUGUGCUGAAGUUUUUUUGAACUUUGUUUUCUUUUCAAGUCAAGUGUAAGACUUUGGGCUAGUGCACAGCUUGAAAUUGGUUGGGAGCUUUAGCAGGUAUAUAACUCAGUGGGGACUUAAAUGUCACUUGUAAAAUUAAUCCAUAUCCUCUGGUAUUUGAAGACUUGCCUUUGGCAUAUUGGUGGCAGGUGUGUCAGACAAAAAAGGAAAUGUGUAUCAUUUGUAUGUAACCCAGGGAGGUCAAUAAAGUUUGAAGAUUCUUAAUUGACUUGAUAAGGUCUUGUUUUGCUUGUAAUCAGUGCUAGUGGUGAAGAAACUCAAGAGGAGGCGAUCAGAGGAGCAAGCGUGCUCCGAGUGCAGGUCUUUGUUUGCCUGACUGAAGGUUCUCUGCAGAUCUUAGUACAGUUUAACCUAGUGGCCUAGGAGAAGGCUGAGAGGGUGUUGAGCCAGUCAGUCUGGCUGCAGAGGUCAAAAGCUGAUGAACCUGGAGGAAGGGCACAGGCCAAGGCCAGAUCUCAGCACUGUGAACGAAUUUGUCCAGACUUGUUUCUAAAGUUGCUUCCCUUGGAAAGAGACACUUGAGAGGACAUUAUAGUUAAAUAAUGUGAACUGUAACAGUCUACUGGUUUAUUUUUCAUAUUUUUUAAUUACAAAUUGAGCUUGCAGAAAUUGCCACAUUCUGCACAUAGUUCUAAUUUUAAAUCCAAAUCUAGAAAUCUGUAUUUAAUUUCAGCUUUUUUUUAACCUCAUGCUUUUAAAUUUUUAUUUAUUGAUGUAUGUCAGAUAGACCAUUAUGAUUUUAGAUGGUAGGAAUUUUAAGAACUACACAUCAAAAUGGUAUAAACAGUCACGUGUACCUGCUGACUUUAUAGGAAAGCUGAUUAUAUAAAUGUGUGUAUGUAUAUAUGUUAUAUAUACAUAGAUUCAAUACUGCCUUUUAUUUUUGUUUUUGUCCACAGUAUCAAAAUCAACUGGUUGAAGCAUGAGAAGAAGAAUGUUUCCCCCCACACCCAGUUAAGAGUUUUUGUUCUGUUCUCUUUGUGUAUCAGUGAACGGUGUAAGACUCAGUCUCUGUUUUUGAAGAAAAAGCAAUAUUCCUUGGAAAGCAAAGAGGAUUGAAGGAUUAUGUUUGCAGUGAGGAAAUAGAUUUUCACAACUAGUUUGUUUUAUACUUUUAAGGUUGCCAUCUUUGUGGGCCUUAUAUACUCGAAAAUGAACCUUAGUCACCUUGGUGCUUAUGGGCCAUUACUUGACCUAUGAAUCUUUAAGGCACAAUCAGUUGUACUUUACAUUUAAAGAUCACUUGAGUGAUGGCCGCCUUUCCUUUCUACCACUCUUUCCCUACACACCUUCCAAGGUUAGCUGAUGACUGCAGGGCUGAGGAGCUGAGCCCUAGACUGUAGCCUCCCUUCACCCUCAUUGCCACCUGAGGUCAUGUUCGGGGUCUUGCGCCCUCCCUGUGAUUGGGAAGUGGAGUCUCUUGGCGGCCCUCACGCAGGUCCCAGUUCCCUGUCCUGCUUCUUAACCAAGUGUGUGUGACUCUCCAAGAGAGUCCUACUGCCUGCUGAAGUGAACCAGUACCCGGAAGGGCAACUGUGAGCCAUCUUAGUUUUCACUCACUGUUUAGCUAAGCUCUUAGGCCACAAAAAGGGUUUCUCAAACCUCUGGUUGUAUCAGAGUUCGUGAGAAAGGAAACACACUCAGUCAAACCAAAUCAAACAAAUUGACUUUUACAUUUUCUAAUGGGCUUCUGAGAGCUAAUUAAGAUUUGAAAGAAGUCUGAAUCAAAGUAUUUGGCUGGGUAAUUCCUAAAGGGAAUGGCUUUGAUAGACCAUUUUCAGAAAAGAUUUAUAAAGAAGCUGAACAGCAGGUCUCUGACAGAGAAGUAAACCUGCUUUCACACCAGACUGCCCAGCCAAACAUUUGGACACAGACAUACUCUGGACUUGGUAUACCCACUAGAGUCCAUAAAAAAAAUCUGUGCUUGUUUUAGGAAACACUCCCCCCUCCUUUGCCCCCAUAAUUGGGGUAAGAGAAGAAGAGAGAAAAGUACAAUGCUUUUCUCUCAUUUUAUUGUGUGUGUGUGUGUGUGAGGGCUGAGGUGUGUGAUUUUUCUUUCUCAAGGAUCAUGGCGGUAUCACAGAACUCUUUUAUACAAGUGAGAUCCAGGUCUCUGAAUAUCUUUUUGUAAAUAAUAAUAAUAAUAAUAAUAAUAAUAAUAAAAGCUCCUCACCAAAUUCAAGCUUGUACAUUAUAUUUUCUUUCAGUGUUUUUAAAUUUAAGUUUUAUUGUUUUGUAUGUAAAUAUGUGGACCCAGGAACUGUUAUUAAUGAGCAAAAAGUUACUGUUCAGGGCAGUGAUUCUGUUUAAUAAUCAGACAAAAUGUAGACGAGCUUUUUAAAGCCAUAUAGUUUUAACUCUGUACAGUAGGUACCGGCCUGUAUUAUUGUAACAAUAACUCUAGCAAUGUAUAGUGUAUCUAUAUAGUUUGGAGUGCCUUCGCUUCCAUGUGUUUGUUUUUUGUUUUUGUUUUUCAUUUUUUAAGUUUUAAUUGGUUUUUCUAUCCAUGUGUCCCUGUCCCACCCCUUUCCCUUUGAAAUACUAGCUCGCUCCUAACAGUGUCUUUGCCCCUUCCACAGUUAAUUUCAGUGAUACCAUGCUCAGGAGUGGAAAGAGGAAACCAUGUUCAUGAUCUCAUUUCAUUUAAGCCCUGCCUUGGUUUUGGUUCUGAACAGUUGUUUCCUCCUCAGUCAGUACCAGUGAUGAGUUUCAUUUCAUACUUAAGUCCAUCCAGGGACUUAGUGUAGUGCCAGCGAGCCCUAGAUCUGGAAGAUACCGAAUAGAUUCGAGUUUGCUCAUCUCUUCCCCAAAUCCUAACCAUGGGUCUUACAGACAGCAGAUUCCGGGAGCCUUACAUGCCCUCCUCUUUAUCUGCUUCCCUCCUGAUAGAGAGAGAGAGAGAGAGAGAGAGAGAGAGAGAGAGAGAGAGAGAUGGUUUUAUAAAUCAGAGUUUCUUAAUAGUAUUGAGUUUUGAUACAUCAGUGGUCUAAAAUGCUACAGUGCAAUUAAUUACUAGCAGUUACUGCAUGGAACUCCAGCGUGUUGAUAGAGGGCUGUCGUUGUAACAAGGGAACUUUUAGCCCAUCCCCUCCCUCCUGCCACCUCUACCCCUGUUUAGUAAAAUGUCAUUUUAAUUUUGUUCUUAAAAAAAUAAGUUUAAUUUUUACUGUGUGCCCAUCAUGAAGGCCUGUUUUGAAAGAAAAAAAUCAAAAUCAUUUGUUUUGCCUCCGAGUACUCCAUAUAAGAUGUCUUGAGUAGUAGAAAAAAAAACUUUACCAAACCAAAGGUUGCUAUUUUUGAAACAUCGUGUGUUCAUUCCAGCAAGGCAGAAGACUGCACCUUCUUUCCAGUGACAUGUUGUGUCAGUUUUUUAAGUCCUCUUAAUUUUUAGACACAUAUUUUUGGUUUGUGUUUUAACAAAGCCUACCUGACCAGUCAUCUUGUCUGCACCAAUGCAAAGGUUUCUGAGAGGACUACUGUAUUCUCUAUCCCUGUGGAUAUAAAGACACUGGCAUUUCAUUUCUUUUUCCCUUUCCUUUUUAAGGGAUUUAACUUUGGAAUCUUCCAAAGGAAGUUUGGCCAAUGCCAGAUCCCCAGGAGUUUGGGGUUUUUUUUUCUUUGUUUUAAACCAAAAUUGUAUCUGAUUUCUAUUGUUUGAUGUUAGUGAUCAUCUAAUCACAGAGCCGAACACUUUCUCCCCUAUAUAGAAAAAUAAACUAAGCAUGUUUUCCAAUAAAAUCUGUCUUUUCUAGUAGAAACCUGAGCCACUGAAAAUAAGAGAGAAAAGCAGAGUAGAGUCCCAGACUAAGGUCUACGUUUGAGAGGCUUUGAAAAUAAUCCCUGGGGUUUGGAUUAUUUUCACAAGGGUUAUGACAUUUUAUUCACGUUUGUUGCUCCGUUUUGUACCUCUGCAAUAAAAGCAAAAUGACAACCAGUACAUAAGGGGUUAGCUUGACAAAGUAGACUUCCUUGUGUUCAUUUUUGUUUGUUUUUUUUUUUUCUUACUAUAUCUGUCUACAGGCAGAUACAGAUAGAUGUAUGAAAAUGUGCUUGCCUGUAAAAUUUGCAUUUAUAAGUGUGUUGCCGAUGGAUCACUUGGGCCUGUACACAUACCAAUUAGCGUGACCACUUCCAUCUUAAAAACAAAUCUAAACAAAAUUUAUUAUAUAUAUAUAUAUAUAUAAAGGACUGUGGGUUGUAUACAAACUAUUGCAAACACUUGUGCAAAUCUGUCUUGAUAUAAAGGAAAAGCAAAAUCUGUAUAACAUUAUUACUACUUGAAUGCCUCUGUGACUGAUAUUUUUUUCAUUUUAAAUAUAAACUUUUUUGUGAAAAGUAUGCUCAAUGUUUUUUUUCCCUUUCCCCAUUCCCUUGUAAAUACAUUUUGUUCUAUGUGACUUGGUUUGGAAAUAGUUAACUGGUACUGUAAUUUGCAUUAAAUAAAAAGUAGGUUAGCCUGGAAAUGAAAUUAAAAUUCACAAGUGUGUGGUCUUUAUUUCAGUACCCAACCCCCUUUUCUUCACCCUACCUAUUCUGCUACUGCGGUAUAUAGUCACAUCACCAUCUCCGUUCCUCCAAUUAGAGAAACAUGGAUCUUUGUUAUAAAAAUCAAGAUGCAAACACUAGUUCUCCUUCUUUAAAUGAUCUUAUUAUAUUGUAUGGCCCCAAGAGGUGCAGCUUCCAUCUUGGAAACCUUUGGAUUUGAUGUAGAGGAAGCUUUGCAGACACUGCUUUGAAAAGAACGAAAUGUCCCUGAAAGGGACAAAUUUUUAAAAUGUGUAUAAGCUGCUGUCUUUGAUUACUGUGUUCAUGGUUUGGUGUAGCUGUAUUUUCUUUUAACUUUCAUCCCAUUAGUAAUGGUCUUUGGGAGUAUCUGUAAAAUAUAUGAACACCACAAACAGUGGGGCUGUACCUCCCAGGUUACCAACACAUGUUGUGUUUGAAUCUGCUCAUUUCCAAUACUGGAUGAUGUAUGUAAACAUGUUAUGUCUCUUAGUGCAAAAAGAAACAUCAUUUUUUUAGGGCUGGCUCACUCUGUCAGGCCUAAUCUAAAGGCUAGAUAUAAAGUCAUGUGACUGCUGCUUCAAUAAAAACAAAUUUAUAUUGGAUAAA